ACACCUGGAAGGACUGUGGGCUGGUAUCAGAGGAGCAGCAGAAUCAGAGGAGGUGAGAAGUUGAAGUCAAUGUGGUUGGAUAAACUUCCAACAGGUGACACCGCUGCUCCAAUUUCACAGGUAUCAUCCCACAUAUGCCUGAGGACAUCCUGAGGACAUCCUGAGGACAUGCUAGAAUGAUCUCCAUUGGGCGGAAAAGACACGGACCAUCCCUGAGAAGCACAGUCGCGAAUCUGGGACCAGAAAGAGGUACCGGGGCUCUGGAUGCCAGAAACCCCAGUGCGCAGGAUUACUCAGAUGUUGGAGAGGUUUCCUUAACCCACGCUGGCGAUGCCUCAGGAUGUUUUCCAGGAGGUCACAUAAGGGUAUGAACAUCUCACCCAUGCCUGACAAUGAGAACCGUGAGGAAGGGACCAUCGAAGGAGGCUGGAUGCUACUGGAACAGCGAGUGGAGCACCUGGUACCUGCUUUCCUGGGUAGAGACCCCUCCUACCUCUUCACAUUCUUGAGCACGUACAGAGCUUUUGCUACCACCGAGCAGGUCCUAGACAUACUGUUUAUGAGAUACGGAUGCUUCCAUUCGGAGGCUGAGGAGGAUGGCGGACCCCGGGAGCAGGAGAAACGGGCCAUCUCCUCCAUCCUGGGCACCUGGCUGGAUCACUACCCCGAGGACUUUUUCCGGCCUCCAGAUUUCACCAGCUUGAAGCUGCUGCGGGCGUUUGUAGGGGUCCACAUGCCGGGCUCCGAGCUGCAGCGCCGCGCCCGCCUUCUCUACUCAUGGCGGAAACACCCCAUGGCACCAGCUCCAGAGCCACGUUCAGACGUCCCUCAGGAGCGAGCCCCCGCUAUCUCUGUGGUGCCCACUGCAGCCACGCAGCCCAGGCUGCCUGAAGCCACUAGUUCUCUUGGAGCUCAGCGCGUACGAGAAUCGGAGACCCUCACUGCAGCGUCCCCAACAGGGCAGGAGGUACUCCCAGCUCUGGCUGACAGUCAGGAGCUGGAAGAGCCACCUGCCCCUUUGGUGGCCCCAGAGCAUGAGCAGCCCCCAGCCCCAGCCGGCGGGGUCACGGAAGGGCUGGAACAACCACCUCCUGCCGGUGAGCAACCAGCCUCUGCUCCCCAACGGCGGCUCAUGUCCGCUGCAGCCCCAAAGGAUGAAUUCCCUGACCCUGUCAUUGCGUUCUUUGUCAUUUCUGUAGUUCUUAUAGAGGUAUUUACUGUCCUUAUAUAUUAUUGUUCUAUAAAUAAAAGAUAAACUAAGUUCCAAACAAUUUACUCUAAUCCUUUGAAAUUACAACUUCAAGUGUCAGUACGUACAUUCGCAGGAUUUUACACCCGUGACCACUAUGUACUCCUAGAACAUUUCCAUCACAGAGACACGUGGACUACUAGUCACCCACGGCUCAUUCCCUCACCCCAGUCUCUGCAACCAGCGAUCUCGGUUUCUGCUGCUUCAGGUCCUCUGGGAUUUCCAUGUGUGUGCAAACACACAACAUGGCCUGUUGUGUCUGGCUACAUGACAGGAGACUGAUUAAUAAUUGCUUAAAUAUUCAAUGGCACUAAUAUUUUUUAUGACAGAGGAAUAGUCCUCAAAGAACAAAGAUUAGGUGAAGCCCCCACUUGAAAUAUCUUCAUUAUCUGGCAUGGGGACCCUCUGAGGUUUGACACAAGAGCAGAAGCCAGAAGAGAAAUGUCUGGACCAGAGCGAAUACCUUGAAAAUCUUUCAUUUUCCUCGACUGGCCAUGGUGAUAUUGGUCUAACGUGCAUACUAUAAAAACACCCAAAUGAAACCGUCAAUAUUCCAUUUAUGCUAACCUAUUAGGCAAUAAAGUAUAAAGUUCUGAAAGGUUUCCUACAGGUGACAUGUAUUCAGUAAAAUGAAGAUUUAAUAAUGAGGACAGGCACCA